AUGAAGUGCCAACCAUUCAAACCUAACUCAACAACAUUUUGGUUGCUAAUAGGUUCUCAAGCAUAUUGUCUGCCGGGAGUAUUUACGACCUACUUUCAGAUCAACGGAUUUUUGGAAAUGGAUACGUUAUCCGAAAGUGACUUCAAUUUAUCCGAAUCACUGAAAUCUUAUCCAACGUUUGCUUCUAUGGGAUUAAAAGACAACCUUUUAAAGGGGAUUUAUGCCUACGGAUUUGAAAAACCCUCUCUUAUCCAACAGAAAACUAUCAAACAAAUAACUUUAGGAAGAGAUUUAAUCGCACAAGCUCAAAGUGGGACUGGAAAAACUGCAACAUUUAGCAUAGGAACUUUGCAAAACAUUCUCCCCGAGAUCUGUCAAAUUCAGGUGCUAGUUUUGGCGCCCACACGCGAAUUGGCUUUCCAAAUACAUCAUGUUAUGUCAUCAUUGUCUGAUUACUUGUCUAUCAGAUGUGUCGCUUGUUGUGGUGGGCGAAACAAUACUAUGCAAAUGGCUCGCGAACUUGAUAAGGGAGUGCAUGUUGUCGUUGGUACUCCAGGUCGAGUAUUGGAGCUUAUUCGACAAGGUAACAUACGUUUAAAUAAAUUACGUUCUUUGGUUUUGGAUGAAGCUGAUGAAAUGUUAAAUAGAGGAUUACACGAUCAGUUAGAGGAGAUAUAUCGCCGCCUCCCAUCUCAUACGAAUCCGAAUAAUAAAAAGUCUCUAAAUUGUCAAAUUGUUAUCAUCUCAGCUACAAUGCUUAAAGAACAUUUAGAAUUGUUUCAAAAUUUCACAUCUAAUCCUGUUUGUGUUCUUGUACCGAGAGACGAACUUAGUCUUUCUGAUCUUCAACAAUUCUACAUUGAUGUUGGCUCAGAGGAAUGGAAAUUCGAAGCGUUAAAUGAUUUAUUCUCCAGUGUUUGUGUUUCACAAACUGUUGUCUUUGUUAAUACUCGACGAAAAGUUGAGUGGCUUGCAAGUCAGUUGAAACGAGAAGGUUUUACAGUGGCUGCUGCUCACGGUGAUCUUGAUCAAAGCCAACGAGAGUCAGUUAUGAAACAAUUUCGUUCUGGCGAAUGUCGUAUUUUAAUCAGUAGUGAUAUGUGGGCUAGAGGUAUUGAUGUUCAGACAGUGGGACUAGUUGUGAAUUUUGAUUUGCCAAUGAAUACCAGUGAAUACUUACAUCGUAUAGGCCGUUCUGGGCGUUUUGGACGUACUGGUUUGGCUGUUAGUUUUAUUGCCAGUGCUGAGGAACGUAAACAGCUUUUAGAAAUUUGCAAUUAUUAUCAAAUUGCUAUUCCACCAGCACCAGCUCGUUUGGAUAAAAUGUUAGUCAUUAAUAAUUCUGCACAAAAUUCACCCAAAGUAGCAAAUUCACCGUGUAAAUCUGAUACAAGCAACGGCCAACCUGUAAAACACCAGCUUGCUAAACAUUUAAAGCGUAAGAAAAAACAACACAAGAGAAAAAGAAACUUGAAAGUUGUAAAAUAA